CCUCUUCAACGCGAACGCGCCUUAAGCCGAAUUAGAAAAUCCUGGGUUAACAAAGCUGACUGAUGUAUAGCUUCAUAACAACGAGUCUCUUCUUUCCGUUUGCGUCGCUUGUACAGUAAUUGAUUACCGUGAAGCGUUCCGUUACUAAACCGUUCGAUAUCUUACGAUCGGGUGUAUUCCGCUCGAUGCCCGUGGGUAACGAUUCGAUUACUAAAUCUAGCAUUGAAACAUCUCGGAUAACUGCGCGCACCCGAUCCGUCACAAGAGGGAAGCAAUCGCACGCGGAAACCCGGAUCAUUAAAAAUGAACACAGACAGAGAUGCCCAGAUGAUGAGAAAACAGGAGAGGGCUCAUUUCUUCAGCUCCAGAGAGCAGGAACUCAUUUUGAAGUUGUAUGAAGAAGAGAGAGCGGUAUUGACAGCCAAAUCGAACACUUCCACUGCCUCAAAACUGAGAGAAGAAGCCUGGCAGAGAAUUGCUGAUAAAAUAAACAUGUUAUCGGACAGCGGCCACAAAAGGUCUUGGCAGCAAGUGAAAAUCAAACAUAAAAACAUAGUGCAAACAGCAAAAAGAAGACAGGUAGAGGGGGCGGGGAAUGACGAGGGAUCGGCGACCCCAUCGCUAACUUCUGCAGAGGAGGAUGUGCUGCAGCACAAAGAUAAGAUGCUGAGAGUGGAGGUCCUGCCCGGUGGUGCUUGUAUUGAACCGCUGGUUGGAUCUGACAGCUCAUUUAUCAGUGUCUCAGGACACCCUGUCCUCCUCUUGCCCGUAACGAAGACUGAACCAGAAAGCCUGAGCGGUGAUGAGACGGACAUCAGUGACACUCAUUUUGAAGGGGAUAUUCGCGGCUUCUUGGGGAGAGACAACUCGGCUUGUGCUCCGAUUGGUGAAAGCACUGGGAAACAGACCGACGAUAUAAGAGGCCUUUACUGCUGCUACCUCAAGAAGGAGAUAGAGAACCGUGACCAACAGAUGGCAUACAGAGCACUUAAAAUGAGAAAGCUGGAGAAAGAAAUUUUACUACUUGACAAGCAGCUGAUGUGACCCUGCAAAGAAAUAUUAAUGUUUUGUCUUACUAUUAUAAUAUGUUAAAACAGUGUUUGAUUUAUUCUUCGGCUUACAACUGUAACACAUUGUGCUCCAGUGUGUCACAUAAACUGAUGAGUUAACUGCAAUGAUGCAGCAAUGUCUUCUGUAAAUUUUUACGUGUCCUUUUUAUUGUUGCCAUAUUGCACUUUGCAACUCUACACAUGCAUCAGCACAGAGGGC